ACAAUUCAGUGAAAGCGUAUUCGCUUCCGAGCAUACUGUUCGUAAGCUGCGCGCGUGUGUUUCGAUAGAAAAGAAGUCGCAAAAAAAGAAGACAUUGCAGCAGUAGCCUUUAUGAUAGGCAUUAAAUCGUGGCGUCACCUGGCAACACCUCUUGAUGGUCCGCUGUUUUCGUCGAGCACCAGCAGGUCCGAUAGAAACGUCAAACUCGUUACACAGUCACGCGCACUUCGUUACGCGUUCCUGGUAGUGGCGAUCAAGUAUACGGUUAUCGGGCACUUUGCGUGGCGUUAUUGGGACAAGAAGAGAAAAAGAAAAACUCAAGAUCCGAGAUCGUUCGCGAAAAACUGAUCCGACAGAAUGGACACGGGUAUCUCAUAGCACAAUGCCAAUCGUGUCGCGCGAACCUGUACGGGUAAGACAAAGAGACAAACAGCGGUAGGCAGCGGAAAAAAACUGCGAAACACUCCACGCAACACAGUGGGUACGCGAGAGGAGAAUAAGAGAAAGCAAGUACACUAGUUUUCGUCGAGGAUGAGAGCAACAAUUUCAUGUACGUGAAAACUCAAAAAAUGGUUGGGGUAUAAAUUGUACUAUAGAAUAAAAAGUAUGUAUGGUGCAGUACGUGAACAAGUUUCUGAAAGUUGGUUACACACGUAUGACUUAAGCAGUACAAUGAUCCCUAAUGUUAGUUCACCGAUAAACGAUGAAGAGCAUUUUUGCAAAUUCAUCUUAUACAAAGAAAUUAAAGACUCAAGAGUACGAAUAUGGGAUAUUAUCAUAUUGAUACCAAACCUUUUGUUUCUUUUAUUCAUUGCUAUAAGAUUUAACAGGGCACGGCUUAAAUUACGAGCAACGAGUAGUCCAAUAUAUUUAGCAUUUUAUGGACUUGUCAUUUCUAAUGUAGUAAUUUCAGUAAUACGAUGUGUUGUUUCGAUGAGUGUAAAUACAGCAGCUACUGUUGGUGGUAAAGCAGACAAAGUAAUGUGGGUAACAGUAAGAUUUUUCUUGUUAUCCACAGAAAUGAGCGUGGAUUUUGGUUUGGCUUUUGGACACAUGGAUAGUCGUUCAAGUAUUCGUAGAGUUCUAAUUGCCACAUCAUUCAUAGCACUGGCGUUUACGGUAACACAAGGAACUUUGGAACUAGUUUUACCAGAUGAUACAUUCCAUAUACCCAGUAGAGAUUUUUAUGUGUUUGGUCAUGGUGGUAUGAUGUUUUGGUUUUGCAAUAGUAUUGUUUUCACAAUGAUAUAUCUUUUUAUAUUAAUACUGCCAUGGACGCGAUUAAGAGAUCGAUUAACUCUUCCAACAAAGAAAAGUUUUUACAUUUAUGCUGGUACUUUAGCCAUGCUAGACUUAGUACAAUCAAUUGGUGCAGGCUUUUUAAAUUAUACACAAAAUCCUAUAGGACUAUGUAUUGUGGAUUUUACUGCGGCUGUCUAUUUAACACUUUUUACACCUUUGGUUUAUCACACAUUCCUGUCAGAAGUUUUCGGGGUUUCGCAGCCGUCGAUAAUGUUCUCAUACAAGGCGCAAGUAGAUGAUGCAAUGGAUGAAGAUACAGUAUCAUUACCACAUCAACAGAGUUUCUCCUCGUUAAAAACAGACAGCGAUUAUAUUUAUCAGAAUCACAGUGUUUAUGACUCAACCCAAUUCGACACAAAUUCCACACCAGUGAAUCCACUCUACGCAGCAUCUCUACAAAGUCCAGAUAGCAUUACUGGUUAUAGUAUAGAUAGUCAAGAAGGUCAAACACAAGCAAACGGUUACCAACAAUGAACACGAUGGUCGUGUUGGACACGAUUCGAUUCGUAUAAAGAAAUAUAAACAAAUUUGGAUGUAACGAUUGUCCAACAAUCAGGUUUCAUUUUGAAAAAGAGGUUCGUGAGACCCGUUAAAAACGUGUUCCAACAUCGUUCAAUCGCUCCCCGGGGAGCGGUGACGUUAUUCGAACAGACUGGAAUCAUAACAAGGUCGCAGCCCUGUACGAUUCCGUGAAAAGAAUCUGGUCGUUUUUUUUUUUAAAUUGUUAGGGCAACAACAUCGAAUAAGUAUUUUAGUUUCCUUGUGAUAGACAGCAUCGAUAGCACUUGAGAUCAUAAGUUAUUUAAGACCAAUAGAAGAUCUGAAAAUAUUUAAUUUUUCUUUACUUAACACGAAACGAUUUUAUACCUUGAGGAAAAGCAAUGUUGUCGCGUGUCUUGUAAUUAACUGUUUAGGCAAUGUUUUCUUAGCGAAAGCGGUGUAGAUGAGAUUUAAAAUGAUAUCACGGCAUCAAUACCUAAUUGCAUUGAUCAGCGAGCUGCUAAGGUUAUCCUAUAUUUACAACAGAUUUCAUCGGUUGAAUUGACUUUGGAAACUUGCUUAUCGUUUCUCCGUCCUCUCCACCAAAGAGACCUUCGAUCGCAGGUCUUUCUCAUGCAAGAUUGAGCACGAUUCGCGCCGAAUCCUUCGCUAUUUUCCUACUUUUGCAUUAAGAAAUCGCUAGAACGACGCAAGGACAAUAGGAGUCGUUGAGAUAAGCGCGCCACGAGGAUUGAAAAAAUAAUUAGAGUUAAGGAGAAAUCUUCGAUGCUCCGGUAACUAUUACGAAGACUCCAUCCAUCGUACAUGUAUAUACACCCUGUACUCUAGUGUAAAGGAUCGUGUUAUUUAUAUACUAAUAUAUACAUUAUAUUUAUCGAUAUUAUAUGUUCGUACUUGUACCGUACUAGUUUUGGCAGAGUUUUAAAUGGGCGGGUAUCCUCGCCACAGAAAUUCGUCUGCCUUUUUCAAUUUGAUACGUAACGAAUCUCAAAAAAAAAAAAAAGCGGCGCUAACAGAAACGAUUACGUCAACAAUCAACACCCUGAGAUGUCCGAAACGAAUGUAUCGCGAAGUCGGCCCUUCGAAGCGUUCCAAUUCCUUUUAAUCUUUCUUAUCCUAAGCCUGAUUUUUGUACGAUUUAUAUAUUUUUAGUAAGGGACCGAGACUUGGAGUAAAAUUCUCAUUGGAACGCGUGCUUCGAAGGAACGUACUUUAACCGUUGCGUGCGACAUAGGUUUCUCUCAGGAUAUCAUUGACAAUGAGAGCGAGGAGUAAUCAGUAGCAAUACAAGUAACAUACAUAUUUUAUAGCGUCCGAUUCACUCGGACAUUAUAAAUACGAAUGGAUUCGUUAGGUCAGCAACACGCAACGAGUUCCCUCUGUCAAUUGCAGUUGGUUUAAUCACUUUGAAACAUUUGUUCUCGUACUUUGCAGGUCGACUGUCUGUAACCGUUUGACAAUGUGAUGUUUUUUGUAAUUGUCAGAUUGGGAUAAGCAAAAUGGCAAUACUUUGAAUGCGUGACACGGUUAUAUAUUUAAUGAGAAUAAAAUUACAUUUUA